AUGACUACUGUCCGGACCUUUCUUGCUGUUGCAGCUGCUAAGCAUUGGGUGUUGCAUCAACUUGAUGUCAACAAUGCUUUCCUUCAUGGUGAUUUAGAAGAAGAGGUUUACAUGACUUUACCUCCCGGCUUUAAGGGUAAGGGGGAGCCUAAAGUCUGCAAGUUAACAAAGUCCCUCUAUGGUUUGAAACAAGCCUCUAGACAAUGGUUUUCUAAGCUCUCAACUGCCUUGCUUGAUCUUGGUUUUUCUCAAUCCAAAGCAGAUUACUCUUUGUUUACUAAAGUUCAGGAUUCUAUCUUCAUUGGUCUAUUGGUAUAUGUUGAUGAUAUUGCUAUUACUAGCAAUGAUGUUGCAGCGGCUACUUCUCUCAUUGCAGAUUUGAACUCUAAGUUUUGUCUCAAAGACCUUGGUUCACUCAAGUAUUUUUUGGGUCUUGAAAUUGCUCGUUCUUCCUUGGGCAUUUCUGUUUCACAAAGAAAAUAUGCCUUAGAAAUCUUACAAGAUUCUGGUUUCUUGGCUUCUAAACCAGUUUCUUUUCCCAUGGAACAUAAUUUGAAACUUUCUAGAGAUCAUGGUACUCUUUUGGCUGAUCCGACCCCUUAUAGAAGACUUAUUGGUCGUCUUCUUUACUUAACUCUUACUCGGCCAUAUUUGGCUUAUUCGGUUCAAACCUUAAGCCAAUUCAUGGACAAGCCUCGCCAACCCCAUCUUGAUGUUGCCUACCGGGUUCUCAGAUAUGUGAAGCAUGCUCCUGGUCAAGGUUUAUUUUUUUCUGCCCAAUCUGAUUUCAAGCUUAAGGCCUUCUGUGAUGCUGACUGGGCAGGCUGCUAUGACACCCGUAGGUCCAUCACUGGUUUUUGUGUUUUUCUUGGCACUUCUUUAAUCUCUUGGAAGUCAAAGAAACAACAAACGGUCUCUAGAUCCUCUGCAGAAUCCGAGUACCGUUCUAUGGCCUCUACUGGUUGCGAACUUCUUUGGUUAUUCAAUUUACUUCAUGAUUUUCAGAUUGUGCAUCCUCAUCCUGCCACCCUGUUUUGUGAUAGCCAGGCUGCAUUGCAUAUUGCAGCUAAUCCGGUGUUCCACGAGCGUACCAAGCACAUUGAUAUAGACUGUCAUUUUAUUUGUGAGAAAAUCCAGCUUGGUCUCAUCAAAACACUUCAUGUUUCUUCCCAAAAUCAGUUAGCUGAUAUCUUUACUAAAGCCCUUGGAAACUCUCUUUUCCAUAAGCUUUUGUCCAAGAUGUCUGUUCACGACAUUCACAGUCCAUCUUGA